CCUAUACAGCUGCAGCAGCUCUAUAGCGCAGAUUGGCACGCAUUAAAAAAGGACAGCCGAUAUCGUCGUCUCUCCUUUGUGUGUGUGUGCAGUCUCUGUAGUCUGUACCUGUACCGUACCUGCACUGCACACAGUCAAAAGCGACUGUUCUCGUUUUCCGAGGCUCCACUGCUGCGACUUUCUCCCCGGGAUUCGCGCGGCGAAAAAAUAUUUCCAAGUUAUAUCUAUACAUAUAUUUAAACAGUACACUUCAGCCGUAGAAACUGCAGUCUACCGCCGAGAGUAGUUGCGAAGUAAGGGAACACUUAUAGAGGUAAAGUGUUGCGGUCAGUUCUAGAUUGUGCGUAUAGAGCAGACCGUAGAGAAUUAGAGAUGAGCUGCAAAGGUCGUAUCUGGUCGGUCAUCAGCGAGUGACAUCGCGGAGCAAGAGGGCGAUUAGUCGUAAGUAGAAAGGCGAGCGACUGAUGGAACGGGUCCUUGGUGAGGAGUUGAUUUUUGGAGAAAAUAUCGCAUCCUCAAAGAUGGCUUCCGUAGAGUUAGAGGAGAAGAUAAACAAAAUCCGUCUUCAAAAUGAGGAAAUCAGACGAAGAUAUGAGGAAGUUGAAGCUGAUAAAAAGCAUGCAGCCAAGCAGAAUGCUUUGGUUCAGAUGGUGCCAUCCGAUGAUUGGCCAGAGAGAAAGGAGCCACCUGAAUUUUCAGCUCCACCUAAAAAUGUACAGAAACAAAAAUCAUUGAAUAAAGAGCACAAUGAUAGGCUUCCACAACACUUUUCAAGCAUUCAAGACAGGCUUGGAAAGAAAGAUCACAAAUUUACUCAGGGCAAUGGACCACCUCCAGACCCCAAGUACAAUUUCUUAGCAGAUUCUGAAAGAGAAAUGAGAGCAGGAGAUGAUGGGAGAACCGAUGAAGAGAAAAAUAGGGCCAGAAAUAAGGCAUCGCGUGGUGGUCCUAGGAGGAGAGGAGGGGAUCGUGGCAGCAGUGGAGGAGGCUCACGAGAGGCAUUCUUCAAAGAUAAUCGUGGCCCUCAAGCAUUCCACAGUAAGGAGGAAUCCUUACCAGAGUACGAAGCAUGGAGGGCUGAACGUAAUCGAAUUGAUGAGGCACGUAUCAACAGACAGAAGACAGCUGAAGGCAACUGGCGCAGAGAAUGGGAUAGCAACAAGACAAACAUUGAAAAAGAUUCUUCAAGAAAAGGGGACUUGAAUCGUAAAGAUUCAAAUAUGUAUGAAAGAAGAAGUAAUCAUUAUGACAGCGAUUAUUCUAAUCGGGGACAUGGCGGAAGUCGAACUUAUCAUGGAUCACAAAAAAAUCAUGGUCACCAAGAUUAUCGUCGUCCACAUCAUGAACAAUCUCAUGAGUAUAAAAGACAGCCAGAUAACAAGCCACCUCUUUCUCCCACCGAGGAUAGAACUGUAACCGCUUCUGAUAAAAGUAUCAAAGUUACAGUUAAUCCUGCAAAUCAACCUAAGGGACCAGUAAUGAGUGUGAAAGUUAAUUCGCCAAGUAUUGCUGGUACCGGAAGGGUUGGCCCUCGACAAAAGAGUCGCAUAACUUACAGUAGCCAAUCGGAUGCUGAGGGAAGUAAUCAAGAGUACAACAAUUUUGCAAGGCAAAAGUCUUUUGAUGAAAAAACAGCUGGAGCUAACUUUAACAACGGAUCAAAGUCGGCUCCAAAGAGUCCUUUCACGCAAAGAAAGAAAGAAGGUAACUCAAAAUUCCCUUACCCUCAAAAGAAAGAAUUUAGAAAUGAUGAAUCAUCUACUCGUUCUAAGAAUCCAACAAAAUCUAUGUACCCACAAAAAACUGAAACUAAAGAUCAAAGGCUUACCAAUAAUUCUGCUUCCAAACCACAAAGAAAUCAAAAACGGAAUAAUAAGUCUGCAGGAGAUAAAUUAGAAAAUCUUGCGUUUUCUAACGAUGAUGCAUUACCUUCUGAAUAUCAGCCUGAUAAAUCAUCGAAUAAUGCUACAGAUCUAAAAUCAAACAACAGUGACAACAUUGAAAACAUUGAGAAUGUUUCAAACAUUGUAAAUGCAAAGGAUCAAGUAUCUCUGGAAGAAUCUAGAAUAAAUCUAGAUUCAGAUAGUUUUGUAAAACCAGGCGAGCCUACUAAUGAAAUCGUUAGUAACUAUGAAGUAAACACUACUUGUGAAAAUGACGAAAAUAAUGAAAACAUUAAAGAACAUUGUGAUCAUGAAGAAAUGAAUUUGAAUGACAGUAACGCUGAUGGAAAUAAUCAAUCCCAUGAAACAGAAGUCGAAGGUUCUCAGAACAUUGACUCAAACUUAAUUAAGAAGGAACACGGAGAUGAAUUGCAAUCAGCAUCUGAACCGACGAGUGAAGAAAUUAAUUCUAAUGCCAGUACCAUUGAUGGGAAUCAUCAAUCUCAUGAAACAGAAAUCGAAGGUUCUGAUAACAUUGAUUCAAAUUUAAUUAAGAAGGUACAAGAAGAUGAAUUGCAAAUAUCAUCUAAACCGACGAGCGAAGAAAUUAACUCGAAUGACAGUAUCGUUGAUGGAAAUAAUCAAUCCCAUGAAACAGAAGUUAAAGGUUCUGAGAAUAUUGAUUCAAAUUUAAUUAAGAAGAAAGAAGAAGAUGAGUUGCAACCAGCAUCUGAACCGACGAAUGAAAUGAACCAGAAUGUCGGGCUGAGCGACGACACUCAACAAAUUAUCCCACAAGACAUCGCAGUUGAACAGAACUCAACAUCAUCUUCUAGUGCAGAAGAAAAAUCGGCAUCGACUAAAAUUGCAGACAGCCAUCAAAAAGUGGAACGACAAAUUUUGGAAGAUGAAAUCCAAACUCCAGUUCCAGAAAAAAUCGUUGACGAAAUUAAAUUGUCUAGUGACCAAGAAAAAAAUGCCGAGCCAAUAGUACAUGAUGGUCAGAACAUAGGUAGUCAAUCGGAAAAAGAUUCCACAUCACAAGAGGUAAAUAAUAUCAGCCAGAAUGAAAAUAAAUCGAUUGAUCAAGCAGAAAAUAAAUUAGGAAAAGCUGAAAGCGAUGAAAUUGAGCAAACAAACAUUGAAAAGGAGUCAAUUAAAAUCGAUGAAAGUAAAACGGUUGAAUUAGUUGAAACGUCUCAAAACGAAUCUAUUAAUGACAGUGGUCUUAAAGAUACUAGUUUAACAAAUGAAUCAAUUGAACUGAAUGAUAACGAUUCUCAAAAUACCUCCGCUGAUGACAGUGGUAUUGCGGAUGAUUCUAACGAAGUAAAAUCACAUCCGAUCACUUCAGUUAGUCCAAUCGUUGUACUAGAUGCUGAAAAAAAUAUUGAAAACGAUGCUUCUGAAACAAUGAAAUCUGAUUUUGCGGAACCAACCAAAGAAAUUUGUGAAAAAACUGCAAAAAGCUGUGAUAUUAGUAGUGCCGCUCCCGGUCAAACUUCUGAAGCAGUCAAACAAGAAACAAAUGAAACAUUGGGAAAUCCUACCAAAGACAGUGGUGUUGAAGUUGUUAAAGAUGCCAAUACAAUUGAAUCAUCCAAACCAACUGAUUUACAAAAAGAAAUUUUAUCGGAAAAAGAGAAUCCUAAAACGGAAGAAUCAUCGAAAGUUGCAACAGAGUGAAUAUAUAAAAUUUAGUUAUAUUUCUCCUUUCUUUUCUUUUCUGUUUUUUAAACGUUCUUAUAGUACUCUACUGUGAAAGACUUAAAUUUUUGAAGGUUGAAAAUAUUUGUAGCAAUUUGAAUACAUGAAAAAUCUAUUUUCAAUAUUAUACAUAGUAAUAAACUAAUUAAGACUAAAAUUUUGGAAUAUAUGCAGCUGUUUAAUAAAAGUUUAACUAUUGAAUAUUAUGAUAUUAAUAAAAGCUGUAUUUAUAACAUUGCAAUUUAUAGUGAUAUAAUAUAUAAUAUAAUGAAAUUUUAAAAAAUAGAUUUUUCAUAGUAUUAUAGCAGCAACCUGAAUAAAGUUUUGAUUCUUAAAGAAUCCAACUUGUAAGGGUGCAAUAAUUAUUUAUUAUUCAAUAUAAGGUUUAUAAACGCCUAAGAUCUUGAAGAUUCAUUAGUAUUUUCAAAUUCUUAUGCCCAGCGGUUUGUAGUGUUCAAGGGCCAUGUUUUUAAUAAAAAACGCGCAAAAUUGAACGAAUACGUACUACAUAAUAUUGUACAAGUAUUCACUAAACAGUGAUAAUCUAGCCAGAUAAAAGAUUGUGAUAACGACGAAAAAUAAAUUUAUUCAGAACGUAAGGUUUAUUAAAAAAGAAAUCAAGUUUAAUGGAAAGGGAGCAUUUCUCCUUCUUGUAGACUAUAAUUAUGAGGCUGGCUUAUCUAUGUUUGGUGUGAUACAGCCAUGAGUAUAUUUUCUUAAUAUUUUAAGGUCUGUUUUGCAUCAGACAUUUUUUAUAUGAAUUUUUGCGAGUUGUGAGUUAUACUAUAAUAAUAUAGUGUUUUUUUUUUUGCUUAUUUAUUUUUUUUCGCUUUUAGCGAAUAUUGCGACUGAAAAUCAAUUUUUUUUUGUUAUGCGAAAUUGGAGUUAGAAUUUCAUCUCCGAGAAUGAUAAUGUCUUAAGUGCGUAAUCUUAAUAUUGCUAUAAGCAGAAGAAUUACGUAGCUAUUACAAAAUUUAAUCGUAAUAUAUAUUUGACGUAAUGGGAAUAGUGUUUAGUGCAUUGAAUUAUUUACUAUUAACGACUAAACUCUGAAAAAAAUUUAAUUUUUGUAUUUGACUUAACAUUUUUAGUAAACAUGCCGUGUUGUAGAUAUAGGACGUAUAUCUAUAAGGUGAUUUUUAAAACUUUUUAAGGGCCUUCAAACAUAAUACUGUAUAACUAAUAUUACAAUAAGACAUGGUACUUUUGCCUUUAAUUGUUUAAUUAUCGGUCAAAAACCUUUGAAAUAUUCAAUGCCGAAUUAAGUUUCUUUAAAAUAAUUGAAUGUAGUUAACACUUUCAAGAUGAAGAAACAAUUAUUUACGAAUAAGUUUUGUAAUCUACCUAACAACAUUCAAAUUUAUAAACGGCUCACUCACUGUAAGUUGUUCGAUUCUAUCAGCGAUAUGCAGCCUGCUGUUUAGAAUACACUUUGCUGCGUAGUUUUGGCUGCUCUUUAGUUGUUAAUCGCACACUCGUGUUUCCUGCUUCGGACAAUUAUUUGUCUGAGAAAAUAAAAAACAGUAUAUAAAUGAAAAAGUUUAUUCUCUGCUACAUUAAAAAAAAUUGUUAAGUGCUAUGAGCUUAGUGACAUUCGUUGAACGCAAACGCAAAUAUAAUGAAAUCAUUAAAUUGUAAAAACGAAAAAAAUAAUUGUUAUUUUUUAUCAACGAAAAAAUAAUUAAUUAUUUUGGGAAAAAAGAAUUAUCUAACUAUACAGUAAGUUUAGAUUAUGUAUAAUAAUACAUACAAAGAGCAACUCUGAGUUUUCUCUAAGAAAAAAGUUUGUAUCGAGUUUGUAGGUUAUCGCUUUUAUGCUAAGUUUAUGCGUCUUUUUUGUUAUUAUUAUUAAAUUUUGUUUAAAUAAAAAACAGAAAAUACACGCUAAAUCCUAAAUGAGAGUAAUUGAAGUAUGAAAACAACGGUCGAACUUUUGUAAUGUCUUUUUCGAUAUUACUUUUUAUUGUAAGUCGCAGUUCAUAGCAGCGAAAGCGAAUAAUAUUUUUAUAUAUUCGUCACGGGGCGCUUAGAAUUAACGCACGUAGCAAUAUACGAAAAAAAUAGUCGAAGGCAAAUCGACGAAAAAAAAAAUUAAGACAAGAUUGAGAUAUUUAAUGAUACCCAUUACUGUAUUAAGGGUGCGUACAGUCAAGUUUAGUUUAAUUUUUGUAAAAUCGACGUAGUUUUUUUUUUCUUUUUUGAUAAGUCAACUCAGUUGCGAAUCAUGGUUAUUCACCCUUGUACGUAUUUCCUUAGACAUUAAUAUUUUUUAUUUUAUAACUAUUUUGUCCUAUUUAGUUAUUGCAUGCAUUUUAUAGUCUAUUAUUUAUCUUGGUUUUACCCUUUAUAUUCUAUUUAUUUUUUUUACCAAUUGAAUUUAUUUUAUUUUUGGUGAAUUAAAUUGUUGAAAAAAAUGUCAACCAUGCGAGAAUUUAAUAAUUUCCGACUAUUAAAAAACUUUUGAUUAUCUUACUAUAUACUAGUGCAAGCUACUAAUUUUCUUUAUAGGAUUAUGCAUCUAUCGGUUUAAAGAUUUACAAAUCUAUUUGUAUCAAAAGUACAUAACUAUAUUUUAUUAAAAAGAAACUUGUGAACAAGUCGAUACUACUGGCUUUAGAACCAAAAACUGUUGAUCACUUUUGAAGGUUUAUCAAGAUUCAUUAUAAUUUUGCCUUUUUGUUUUAUGCAGAUCUUAUUAAUGUAUACAUGCAUAAUUCUAUAUUACCAUUCAGCAAACACAUCGAUCAGUUGAAUUCUCGAAAACAGUGAUUGGUGACGAGAAUCCCAAAGUGUCCAUUGAGUGUGUUAUAAGCCGCCAAAGUUUGUCACUCCUAAGAUUGUUCUAAUAUGAUAAAACAUACGAUAGAAAAUGAAUUGUUAAUAAACCUGUAAUGGCUGUAAA